AUGCUGCUCCUCUUCCAGAAGGGUAAGCUCCUGAUAUUAUGCUCGGCUAGCAAAGCCAAGUUCUUGCACCAAAUAAAAGGGAAUCCUCCUGUUCUAGUCGAGAUACUCGUGCAGGCAAAGGUGAAGGAACCACCUAGUGAUGCAUUGCCAAAAUUCGUGGAGGCUUACACGUCUGUCAAACACUUCGGGAGCUUGAUGAAGGAAGCAUGCACAGGGAAACUGAUGACAGAGUGGGAGCAGGGCGUCUCAAAAGCUGACAAGAAACCUGAACUGGUCGAUAUGGCCCCUGCGUUGUCUGCAUUCAUGGCUGUCAAGGACAAAGAAGAAAUGAAAUGCAUCCAUACGGCGGCAAAUCUUACUUCCACUUUGCUUGUUCACCACAUCAUUCUAAAACUGGAGAUGAUAUUGGACAAGGAAGCCAAGAUAACUCAUGAACAAUUUGCCACUCAGAUAGAGGUGCGCCUUGGGUCGGGUGAAGGUGAAGUUGCCAAAGGGCCUGAUAUGAAAGCAUGGAGUAAAGGGCGGGGCCUCAAUGAUGUUGAUUGGGCACUGACAGAGUUUUACUACUCUCCUAUCAUUCAGUUGCGGUCAACAACCACUGGUUAUGAUUUGUGA